GAGGCGUGCUCCGGUCAUUCUUUCCCCCCGCCCUCGUUGCAACGGUAGAUGCGGCGCAGGCGCCCUGCGCAGCGGCCCCUGGCAACGGCCCCUGGCGACGGCGGUGUUGUGGCGCUCGGCGUUGCCGGGGCCUGAUGGCCGCCGCCUUCCCUCUGCUGCCGCCCGCCAUGGAGGAGCCGGCGGGCCCCGAGCGUGGGCUGAGCCGGCUCCCGACGUGCCUCGGCCACGGGAGGGUGGUGGGCGAGGCUGAUAUCACUGUGGAGCUGCCUUGGGGGCCUCUGCAUGGGAAGCGCCGCGGGCCCGGCCGCCCCCGCCGUCCUCCCGCCGCCGUUUCCCUGCGUGUCCCCAUGCCCCCGCCCGCCGUCCGCCGGAGUCUAGGUGAGCUCUCCCGCGGCCUGGCUUGGCCCGUAGGGCAGCGGGAAGACAAGGAGGAGCUCGGUACCAAGCCGUUGCCACCCGCCGGCCCGCCGCGGAGGUUGGAGGACCGGGUGGUCGGAGAGGACACGGUAUCGCUGCCCCCCUCCCUGCCCGGCAGCAGCGGCUUGAAGUUCGGGCUGUUGCCUCCGGAACUUCACGCUCGGCUGCUGGACCAGGAGGACUACAAGAACCGGACACAAGCCGUGGAGGAGUUGAAGAAGGUAGUUGGAGGUGCCAGCCAGUCUGCGGUAACCUCCAUUCCUGACUCCAGCCUCUUGGGACUCAUCAGCUUCCUGUACACCCUCCUCGAUGAUUCCAACUUCAAAGUGAUGCUGGGGGCGUUGGAGGCGAUUCAUCUAUUGGCACUGCGUCUGGGCGACCAGGUCCAGGCCUUCUUGGUGCCACUAGUGUCAGCUGCUGCUAAAGUCCUCGGGGACAACAAGGUGGCCAUCAGGCAGGAGUACAACUGCCUGUUCCUGCGGCUGAUGAAGGCAGCAGGUCCCCAGCAGGUGCUGGACUUGCUGCUGCAGAAGAAGUACCUGCAGCACAAGAACUCCAAAGUCCGUGAGGAGGUGAUCAACGUCUGCAUCGUGGCCCUCCUCACCUUCCCAAGUGAGGAGCUGGACUUGGGCAAGCUGGCGUUUGGCUUGGCUCCGGCACUGGUGGACAACAAACGCAGGGUCCGGCAUGCUGCCAUGGAAGCAUUUGCUGUUCUGGCAUCUUCCAUGGGCCUGGGCAAAACCAGCCUUCUCUUCAAGGCUGUGGAUGCUGUGGAGCUUGAGGACAAUGGAGAUGGAGUGAUGCAUGCAGUGCAGGCCAGGCUGGCCAGGAAGACCUUGCCAAAGCUGGUGGACCAAGGCUUUGUAGAGUAUGCUGUGCCCUUGCCAUCAUCUGGCUGUAACAGGGCGUCCCGUUUGCCCCCUGGGGCAGAUACAGACUGGCUGCUGAUGGGCAGCAGGACUCAGAGCGCCCACAGUUACUGUGGCUAUCACCCCAGAGAUGAUGGCCUGCAGAGCUCCAGCCCACAUGGAGCCUGUAGUGACCAUGGAGUGAGUCCAAGGAGAGUGUUGAGUGCAGGUAAAGGGAAAACCAAACUGCCUUGGGAAAAGGAGCACACUGGAGAUGGAGAAGGUGGCCUGGGAGUCAAGAUUCCUUGCACAAAGGGUGCGGAGCAGUUCUCUACAGCCAAUGAUUUUCUCCAUUCUCCCAAGCUAAGGCCCUCUCCAGGAGCUUCAGUCACAUUUUGUAGCAGAAAAAGAACUUCAAGGAAUUCAUUGCAGAAUACUCUAGAUGUGAACUCUGAACAGUCCUCCCUUCCUGCUGGUGCUGCUGGCUCCCAUCAGCCUCAAAUUCCAGGGAAGUGUGGAACUCUUGGACACACACGUGGGAAGAGUGAUAGUGUGGACUCAGAUUUGCAGCUUUUAGGCUUAAAUAACUCUCAGCAAGUUUGUACCAGCAAGACCCAGAGAAGUUUCUGCAAUGAAGCACAGCACAUGGUGGCCUUACAAGGUCCUAACUCAAGCCAGGGCACCUUCAUUCUGCCCUCUUACCCUCUGUCAUCACCUAGGAGCAGCCCCAAGCACCUCUCCUCUCCAGGUGACUCUCCAAAGACGUCACAAGAUAAUAUCAUGAACUUCUCAAACUCCUGGCCUCUUAAAAGCUUUGAAGGACUGCCCAAGCCAAUUUCAAAGAAGCAGCUGCUCAGUCCAAAGCCAGGAGACAAUACAGGGGAGGAUUUGCAGGAGAAGCCUUCUCUGCAGCUCAAGCCCACGUUGGUGAGACGCUCACCCUCCUGCCGGGGCCUGAAUGGCAGCAGACCUGUGCCCCCCAUUCCCCGCCUUGCCAGCCCACUGCCCAACAAGCUGGAGCUGAAUGUGAUGAAGUGGAGAAACCAAGAGUCUGAGGACACCUGGCCAAGUGACACAGAUGGGAAGCUUGCAGCUGAUCUCUCCGAGUUAAAUAUUGAUGAUGAGGAAGUGGACCAAGAGGAGAUGCAAAACUCCCUGCGAUCUCUCCACAACAGUGCAGCCAAGAAAAGGGCCAAGCUGAGCAGCAACAUCUCAGAGCUUGAGAGCCUCGAUUCUGCUCUCACCCGUGAGCUCUCGGCGGGAUCCCCGUCCCAGGCUUCCUUCUGCAGUGAGAGUGGAGUUUACAGCCAGGAGUCUCUGACUUCUCCUGUGUCCACCAUCCACCAGAGAAGAAUGUCAGACACCUUUCCUCUCCUUGGCAGCAAAUCACAGGCUGCAAGAGUGCCUUCAGAAAGAAGGAGAGAGGUGGCAGAACAUAACUGCAGCACAGUUGUUUUGGGGAGCCCUCCUGCCAUACAAGCACACAGCCAGUCUCUAGCACAUGUAGUGAAUGGAGGUGACCAAGCUGUGAAGGAGAAGACUGAGCCAUCAGCAGUGAUCUGUGGGAGAAGCAUCCAGCAGAACAGUGCUUCCCAUUUCCUUGUUGAAAACAGAAAAGAGAUGAAAGAUGGGAUGUCAAAAUCAGCCCAGGACAAGAUGAGGCGGAGGAAAAGAGAAGAAAAAGAACACCAUCAGGGAGAACAUCAGGAAGUCAAAGACCUGGAAGAGUUAAAUAUCUCUGGGGACACCUUAACACUGUCAAGAAGUGCAUGUUUGUCCUCAGAAAACGUGACCCUGAAUCCUUCAUUCAAGAGAACAUCCAGUUUGAAGAGGAACAAAUGUUCAGCCUGGCUAGAUUGUGAUGAAAUGUCCCUUGGCACACGAGGACGCUACAAAGACCAGGCCCCUUCAGUCACUCACAGCCCAGCAGUAAUGGACCCUUCAGAGCUUCAGCCCUUUCUAAAACCAGAAGCAGCACUGACAGAAGCCUUGUUGCUUUUAGCUGGUGAAGACUGGGAGAAGAAAAUUGAAGGUCUCAACUUCAUCAGAUGUUUGUCUGCCUACCAUGCAACUAUUCUGACUGCAAAGCUGCAUGAAACAAGUUUGGCUGUGGCUCAAGAGGUCAAGAACUUACGCUCAGGUGUUUCUCGAACUGCUGUGAUCUGUUUAAGGGAUUUGUUCACCCACCUGAAAAAGAGCAUGGAUCAAGAACUAGAUAAUACAGUAGAAGUCCUUUUGCACAAGGCUGGGGAAUCCAACACAUUUAUAAGGGAAGAGGUAGACAAAGCCCUGAAGGCCAUGGUUAAUAAUGUGACUCCAGCACGUGCGCUUUGUUCUCUUAUAAAUGGAGGGCAAAGCCACCUGCAUUCAGCAGUGAGGAAGUGCACAGCCCAGCACCUCUCAGACCUUGUGGAGCGCAUGGGAGCAGAGCGGAUCCUGUCUGGAGCCAAAGCUGUGGCUGAUCGGAUUUUGCCUGCCAUAGCCCGGUUUGCACAGGACAGCUCUCAACAAACCAGAUACUACGGUCGCAAGAUGCUCUUCAACAUGAUGGAUCACCCUCAGUUUGAGAAGGCCCUUGAGAAGUAUGUGCCCAGCAAGGACCUGCCUUAUAUUAAGGACUCUGUUAACAGCCUGUGUGAGAAGGGCCUGGGAGAGGUGCCUUUGGAUACACCCUCAGCAAGGGGAAGACGUUCCCAUACGAGUGGUGUUGGACACUCAAGGGCAUCCUCUACUUCCAGAGAUGCUCUCAAUGUCACCGACAGAGAGGCUGCAGAAGGCCAUGAAGUCAGCAGAAAAGCAGCUCCUCGUAAUGCCCUGGAGAACACAGAGUAUCUCAAAGACCUCAUUUGUUUAUUGAGCGCCAGAGACUUCCGCGAGCGAAUCAGUGGCAUUAAGCAGCUCUUAUCUGAUACAGAGAACAAUCAGGGCUUUGUCCUUGCCAACAUUGUGAAGAUCUUCGAUGCAUUCAAGUCUCGCUUGAACGACUCCAACAGCAAAGUAAAUCAGGUGGCUUUGGAGACCAUGCACAAGAUAAUUCCCUUGCUAAGAGACAAUUUGUCUCCUGUGAUCAACAUGUUAAUUCCUGCCAUUGUGGACAACAACCUCAACUCCAAAAAUCCAGGGAUUUAUGCAGCUGCCACCAACGUUAUCAAAGCUCUGUGUCAGUAUUUAGACAACUAUUUGCUCCUUCAGCCCUUCUGCACAAAAGCCCAGCUCCUGAAUGGAAAAGCAAAGCAAGACAUGACAGAAAAGCUCGCUGACCUCGUUACGGAGUUAUACCCACGAAAGCCUUAUGCUGUGGAGCAGAAAGUUCUGGUUGUCCUUUGGCAGCUUCUGGGGAACAUGACCAACAGUGGCUCUUUGCCUGGAGCCGGGGGGAACAUCCGGACAGCCACAGUAAAGUUAUCUAAAGCACUUUUUGCACAGAUGGGUCCGAGUCUGCUCAUUCAAGCUGCAGCUCAGCCACUGCACACCAGGAAGAUUUUAGCAGAGUUCUUGGAGAUAACAACCUAAAAUAAAGACCUCUCUGUGUGUGACAUUCAA